UCUUUGUUGUCGUUGGUGCUGUUUGAUAUGUGCUGUAGAUUUUGGUGGCGCUGUAACACGGAUGACAACCAUCUAGCCUGGUAGUCCGUCGCAGCGGCAACAGCAGUUUUUCAACGGAGGAGAGUGUAUCUGCGACGGCGAAGGGGAGCAAGGAUUCACGGCCUCAAUAAUGGCUACUGAAACCACAUCGUCCUGCACUGGCUCCAAUUUACUGCAGCCGAUAAGCGAGAUAAUCAAUCUUCCUCUAGACCAGGUGAACUUUGUUGUGUGUCAGCUGUUUGCCCUGUUGACAGCCUUCUGGUUUCGUCUGUAUCUCCACCCCAGUAAGACCAGUCCCUUCAUCAGACAUGUGGUGGCAACGCUACUGGGCUUCUACCUGGCUCUCUUCUGCUUCGGCUGGUACGCCUUACAUUUCCUUGUCCAGAGUGGCCUGACCUACAGUAUCAUGAUGUUCGCUGGGCUGGAGCACAUGCACAAGUUGUGCUUCAUUGUGGCUCUGGGCUACCUCAGUUUCUGCCAGGUCACCCGGGUUUACGUGUUCGACUAUGGCAUGUACUCUGCAGACUUCACCGGGCCAAUGAUGGUCAUCACUCAGAAGAUCACCAGCCUUGCAUUUGAGAUACAUGACGGUUUGGCAAGGAAGGAGGAGCAGCUGACCCCCAGUCAGAGAUGCCUAGCUGUAAGGAGGAUGCCCAAUCUGCUGGAGUACCUGAGCUACAACUGUAACUUCAUGGGCAUCCUGGCCGGGCCCACCUGCUCCUACAAUGACUACAUGGCCUUCAUCGAGGGCACGGCCUACCAGCCUCGCCACCUGGAGAGCAAUGGAAAAGAGAACGGGAAGUACAAGCACACAGAGCCCUCUCCCAAGAAUGACAUUAUCUCCAAACUUUGUACCUGUGCCAUCUCCCUGGCCAUCUUCCUGUCCGUGUCUAAGCUCUGUCCGGUGGAGCGCUCCAUCGACGACAAGUUCGUGGCCUCUACCCCCUUCAUCCUCCAGGUCCUCUACCUGUACCUCUCCAUGUUGGCCACCCGGCCCAAGUACUACUUCAUUUGGACCCUGUCUGAUGCCAUCAACAACGCUGCAGGCUUUGGCUUCAACGGCUACAAUAAAGAUGGCACCCCAAGAUGGGACCUGAUAUCAAACUUGAGAAUACUGGACAUUGAGUUUGCCACCAGUUUCAAGAUGUUCCUCGACAACUGGAAUAUCCAGACAGCACUAUGGCUCAAAAGGGUGUGCUAUGAGCGCUGUCCCAUCAACCCCACGGCGGCCACCUUCCUACUGUCGGCCAUGUGGCAUGGAGUGUACCCCGGGUACUACCUCACAUUCCUCACCGGCAUCAGUAUGACCAUGGCAGCACGGGCACUAAGACACAACAUCAGACCCUACUUCCUGGGUUCAACGACACACAGGAGCAUCUACGAUGUCAUCACGUGGGCGGGGACUCAGAUCGCCAUCUGCUACACGGUGGUGCCAUUCGUUCUAUUGGCCGUUGGUCCGUCACUCAAGUUCUACAAGUCAUGGUACUACUGCAUACACAUAGCCUGCCUGGUGCUUGUGUUAGCCCUUCCAGUGAAGCCCCGGCACCUCCGCAUCAAGGAGGAGCAACAGCAGCAGAACAGCCUACAGGGGGGAUUGACUGAAGACCACAACAGCCACUCCAUCACAGACAACAACUGCAACCAGAAACACAAAGCCACAUGAGACCUAGGAGGAUGCCCCUCCCCCCCACACCUCAGCGCUCAAACAACCGGCACAGAGAGAACAGAACUCUGCUCGAACACUGAGACAAAGUGCGGCAAUUCUUUGAGACCACAAAGAACCAAAAAAAUUGACAAGAACACCGGCAUAACCGACAAUAACAAACACAAAUAACAACAACAACCAACAACAACAACCCGUCAACCCUGCCAGUAGCGAGGAAAGACCGCAAAUCAUGUUUUGGAGAAAUGAGAGGAAAUGUGAGGAAUGGAUAGAGAGAGUGGUAUCUGAGGGCCACCAAAUGGCUAGGAUCUAAUGAGCGAAAAUAAUGACAUUAGCGAUGAUGCUAACGGUGCAAUGCUAAUCGACAGAAUGGCGAAGACUCUGAAGUUGCCUUAAACCCUCUAUGUACUGCUAGCAGGUUAGCGACCAGGCUAGGUGCAUAUUCUGCAGGGUGAGAAUGGUUGUGUUGAGGAGAGAUCUUGUGGUUUUGGGAAAUGAAGCAGUUGUAGUAGGACCUCCGCCAUGUAGAGGGCGCUAAUACAGGCUAGUCAGACAUGUAUCUAGAGGGUUUUUGUCACUGUCCGAAAAGGAUGUAACCUCUACUAGAAAAAGAGGCGUGGUAGAAAAGUGAGAGAAAUAUAUGAAAGAAAUAUAACUUUUGUCUGAUGCCAACUCCAAGCAGGCCGCCUUAGGAUCUUCUAAGCAUUGUUUGAUUACUGUCACUUUUGUUUAAAAAAAAUUCAUAUCUGCUGCUUUUUUGGAAUGAUACUCCUUCUAUAGAAAUGUGGGUGCAUUACAAAAUAAGUUGUAUUCACGGUGACUGUUGAUUUAGAUUAAUUGUUUUUAAGGGCUUUUUUUGACAUGGGUUUAAUUUCCUACUGUAAUUGAUUACAAACUGUAGGUUUCCUCUAGGUUCAGAUGUCUUGCCUGCCUCUGUAGCAUCCGUUACAAUUUCAGUACUGUUAAAGUGGUUUGAAAUCUACGACUAUGUUAGAUUUACUUUCUGAAAAGUGACUUAAAUAAAAAUCUCCCUCUAUUAGUUUUUGAAUCCAUAGCCUCUAAAUGAAAUGCAACCAACUGUAUUGUGACCAUACUGUAUGAGUAAUCAGAUAUAGGAUGUGAUGAUUAAUAUCACAAUAACUGAACCUUAACUGUAAAGUAAAUUAUGUUUCUGAAGCUACAGAGCUACUCUGUAGUCCAAAUGAAGCUGACUUGGAUGUGUCUGAAUUACCUUUCAGUAACACUAAAGGUUGGGCAAUAUGUGUCUGACGUUGGGAAACCUACUGUAUGUAAUAUUAUUUGGGAAUAAUGGAAAAAAAUUAACAUUUAUGUUUCAAGUUUUUAUUAAUCAUAUGUACAGGAUACACAUGGUAUACACCAUCCAACGAAAUGCUUACUUGCUUAAUGCUUAAUUCUUAUGCUGCAAUUAUGAAGCAUAACUCGUAUGCUCAAUUGUUUUGUGACCCCCUUAAUAAACAAAAUCAUAUUCCAAGCCAUAUCCCAGACAUAAGCCACAACCCAAGAGGUUCCAUCAUUACUGUAAUGUGGGAACCACUGGGGUAAGUGAUACACCUAGUGGGUCCAACCAACUCUUCUAUGAGGGGGGUGUUUAUUGUGGUGCAGAGGACCGCCCAUGAGCAUAACCAGAACGCGUGUAGGCUAAGGUUCGACAGCGCCCUGCUUCUGCAGAGGUAUGGACAAGGGCGUACUGAGAUGAGAAAUCUGCCAUGGCAUUUCUAACACUCCUCGAGGUCCCCACACCGGCCCAUUUCUUUCCUUGAAGUCCCCAUUGUUAGCCAGAUAAUUGUCAUUUUGUGCAACAACAAAAAAGUUACACAGGCCCACUGGGCUUAAAAUGGACCAGCCCAUCUGGCAGUCCGCCCCUGGGUAUGGAACAUUCCAUUUCAUACAGUGCAGGCAGCCAUUUAACAUCUUUUUGACCAUACAGCAUUUAUUAGAUGGUAAGACAUGGAUUAGUACCGAUGUACAACCAAAAUGGCAGCCAAUGAACCAGUUUUGGGAGCUUUAUUUUGUGAUCAUGAGUAACAAUGCAGCAGAUUUGUGUUUUCCAGUGUAAUCUCCAUCUUGUUUUUCUAACAUGUGUAUACUCCUUCCAUAAAUUGUGUAUCUAUGUGAUUUUUCUAGAUGUUCACGUGGUCUAUGAGUGUAUUUGUAGCCAAGGCGUAAUGCCUGAUGACAGGAAAGGGAUACUACCUUUACCAACUAGUUGAAAAUUGCACUGCAUGGCCACCCAAAUCUAGCCUGGUUAAACUAGACUGAACACUAUGCUCGCAAUUGUUUGUGCAACAUUGUGUGGUUUAUCCAGGCUACCCCAAACCAGCAGAUAAAUCCAAACUGCUCCAUAUGUCCAAAGUGCCAAGUCAUAAACGGCCCAUAUACCUUUGUGAAAAUAUCAUUGUUAUUUUUGUGUCUAGAAAGAACUUAACGGAAGAUUUGUAUAAGUCCUUUGAAAAAAAAAUGAUUUUGUCAAAUAAAAAAACUUUUUUUUUUAAUACUAA